AUGACACAAUUUUUGACUCUUCAUAAGGAAUUUUCAGAUAAAAUUGAAUCAAUUUAUACUCGUUUGGAUACUCUCAAAGAUGUUGCCGACAUAUUUUUACCUGAAGGCAAAAUGAAAAUUCUUAAUGAAUUCAAAACAUUUGACGAAGUACAUUUGGCCAUUUGUGGAUAUAAUUCCUCUGGGAAAACAUCGUUUCUCCAUCAUUUUCUGGAAAAUGGUUCCUUCUUGCCGGCUGGAACAGGCGCUGUUACUGCACGCAUCGUACAAUUCUCGUACGCUCCAGCCGAAAAAGCAUGUCUAUUAAUUCAUGAUGGAGGUAUUGACUCACCUGCCAGCAAAGAUCCAGUUGAUCUCUCAAAAUACUUCCUAUCCACGAAUGCAAUGACAUCCAAGGAAAAGCAAGAACGUUUGAAAAAUCUUAAAAGUGUUAUCAAAGAACAUUUGGCGCGUCCUGAAGCAAUUGGCGUACUCUCGAAUGAGUUCACUGAAUGGGCGUCACAUCUAAUUGAAAUUCAGAUUCCGUCGCCUAUUCUUAAACUUGGUGUCAUUGUAUACGAUACACCAGGGUUUCUUCUUAUGGAUGCCCCCAUACUCGUCGAGAAUUUAAACGCUUUAAUCAGAGCUCGGCAUCCUUCUCUACUAUUCCUCUACGACAACGCUACUGUAUCGGAAGACUCGCGUAAGUGUUUUGAUGCACUCAGGUUAUCUCUUGAAAAAAUAGGUGAUGUUGGUAUUUUCUUUCUCAAUACCAAAGCUGAUGUUAGCACAAUUCUACGCGAUGCCGAGAUAGAUGAAUUAUCUGAGGAACCAGAAUUACGUGAAGUUCUCGAAGCGGAGCGAGCUCGUCGAUACAACCUGUUACGUGAUGUGAACGAGAUGAACAGCGGUUUGCCUGAACAAUUGAAUAAUUGUGAUUGUUUUGACAUAUUUAGUGUCGAACGUCCCGAACAUCCGAUGGAACAAGCAAUGAAGGGGAAUGCCAUCGAUCGUAUUGUCACUUUUGCAGCAAGACAUGAUUUAAGAAAUGCCGAACAAGUCAGUCACAUCAUGAUACAUGUAAUAACUACAUUUUUUGACUUUGUACUCGUUACCAAUCGACGGUCGAAGGAAGAGUGGGAAAGUUUGCGACGCGAAGCACUUUUAUGGACUGAUCAGUACUUUCAAGAUUACUCUUUACAAUUGGACACUAUCAUCAAAGAAGCUGAACGACAAUUACCUGUAGUAUUUCGCAGAAACCGCGAUAAUUUGGCUAAACGAGCGAAGGAAUAUGAACCAGUAUGGCAAAUGCCAAUAUCCUUCCUUGAUCCACUAAUCGAUAAGUUUUCUAUGGCGCGCCGAUCAGGAAGGAUCCGUUCGAUCCGAAGGAAACGCAUCACUUAUUUUAUUGAUACGACUGUUAAAAAUGAAAUACUCGUACCAACUCUCAAUAAAAUCGUAAAAGAUAUGAGUAGUCAAGUAAGAACGGGCACCAAUCAACAAGCACCUUUACCAAAAAAAUCUUCGAAAAAUGAGCUCAUUAUGGCGGCCUACAGAGAAUUUCUCAAUGCUAUUGGGAAUAUUGAUAAUAGAAACUUAGGAUUUAUCAAUGAAAUUUCUAUUAUGGCGUGGUGGGCGCAGCUCUUUUUUGUUAUUCCUUACUCAAUUCUAGUUUCACCUUUGCUUGUUGCAGUACGACUUGCGAAACGGAAUCCACUAAUGCAGGUAUCGGAAGAACUUCAAGUUUUAAACAUAAUAGACCAUGAGCUUAUCGAUGCUGAGCAUAAGUUAGCUUCUUGUGCUGAGCAAAUUAGAGAAAAUAUUCAAAAGUGGCUUUCAGACAAUAAGGAUCAAUUCAAAAAAAGGGUGGCAAAUUAUGCGAAGAUUGUCAUGCAGACAAUAAAUCAUCGAAAUGAAGCUUACACACUAGCGCGUAGAUUUGCUGGUCAAUUUGCACGUAUCGAGUGUCGAUUAGUGGCUAACUUGGAUUUGGCUAAACAUCAUGGAGUGAAACCUAAGAUCGAUCUGCAGGAAGAACUGAGUAAAGGAGGCUUCUUCUCGGUACAUCCUGCGUCAUGGGAUUCAGAGCAAUCUCUUGUAGCCAAAGUUAUACUUAAUCCCAUUGCACAUCCUGAUGUGGCUUAUCUAGAAGCACACUUUCAUCGCACUGUAGCUGAUUUAAAUAUUGAACACUCAGUACCGCUUCGGUAUCUCUACGAAGAGGAUAACAAAAACCUGUUUAUUCUACUUCCUCGAUACUCGUCAAGUCUACAUACUUACCUGUGUGAUCAUAUGGGUGAUAUAACAAUAGAUAAAGCUACUCAAAUCGUACUUGAUGUUACCCGUGUUGUAGCACAUAUGCAUGCCUACGAACUCGUCCAUCGUGAUAUCAAAGCUCAAAAUAUUUUGCUCGACGACAAUCUUCAAGUGUUUCUGGCAGACUUUGGAACAUGUCAACAUGGUGUCGAAAACUCGACAGUGAUCGGAUCACGUCCGCUUGCACCAGAAAUAACUGUGGACAGUAGCCAUGAUUUCACGUACAAGGGCUCAGAUGCGGAUAUUUAUGCAUUGGGUGUACUGAUGUAUGUCAUAGCACCUAAACCAAUUUACUAUCCAAUCACUCAACUCAUUUCUCACGCUCAAAUAGAUGCACUCGUUAACAUUCCGAACAGUUACAUCGAUUUGAUGCGUCGGUGUCUAUCAAAGGAACCUGAAUCACGUCCAAAAGCACUGGAGCUGGUCCGAGAGCUUGAGAUCAUUGCAGAUCAGAUUGCAAACUCCAAACCAUGUCUAAUGUGUUUGGAUCGACCAAGAUACGCUCGGUGUCUGCCCUGUCGACACAAGACUUUAUGCCAAACAUGUCUCGCCGAAAUUCAGCGACGAGCUACCAUUGCACAGCCACCACUUUGUCUUCUUUGUCGACAACCAAUCACAAGUACGCUCGAAGAUGUCGAUGGUAACACCUACAUAGGAUAAUAAAUGCAUUAGUGUUUUUUUCAUCGGAUAUCAACUUGAAGUCAAACUAAUUUUUAACAACCAUGAACUUUGCUCUGUAGUAAGUAAUCUUGAGGGUGAGGGAUGGGAGUGAGGAUCUGCAUAUCAAAUGAAAACAAAUCGAUCUAGCUUCCAAAGAAAACUCAAAUCAAUGUGCUAGUCUAAACUCUUGCUUUUCUGCAAUUGACUUUAUCGAUUCCAUAUAUAUGAAAUUCAAUAUAAAUAUGCUUUAAUUUUUUGAAAGAUUAGAAUACGCGGUGUAAUUUCGCGGACACGUUUCGCAUUAUUCAUCGAAUAACAGUAAAACAUUCAUUAGGGUUCUACAUCACAAUUAUAAGCAACAUUUCUCAAAACUACAGGAACCUAUUUUCGAAAAAUACUUUCAUGCGAAUAACAGGAGUAUCAGAAAAAACAACGUGUAUUUCAUUUUUUGAAAAGGAGAGGGUGUGGGUGUGGAUGGGUGUGAGUGUGGGGUGUGGAUGGGUGUGAGUGUGGGGUGUGGGUGCGGGUGUCGGUUUGGAGUGGGUAUGGGUAUGGGUGUGGGUGUGGGUGGGUGUGGGGGAGAGUGUGGAUAUGGAAUAUCUAUUCCAUUUUGUACACGUCGACACCUAAACGCACACCCACACACCCACACGCACACCCACACCCACACCCACACCCACACCCACACCCACACCCACACCCACACCCACACCCACACCCACUCACACCCACACCCACUCCCACACCCACACUCACACCCACCCACACCCACCCACACCCACACCCACACCCUACACCCACACCCACCCUCCGGUACAAUUUGGUUCGGCAUUUUAUUGCAAACAGUCUGAUGAAAUCCAGGGUGGAUCAAUAGGUUUUUCGAUGGAACCUGACAGUUUCUGGUAUGAUCCAAUACCGCAGCCGAUCUUUUCGGAUAGGAUCUACAAGUAGGAUUGAAUUAUGCGAAUAUAAAUCAAAAUUAUCAGCUGAACAUAUUCUCGAAAAUGUCAAAUCAGUUUUGGAACGCUUGAUAAAAGACUUGGUAUGGAUCCUUGACAAUCACAAUCUGAUUCGAUGCUUCUUACUGCUUUCAGUUUCUUUUAUGUGUGUACAUACCUCCAAAGAGAGAAAAGAAGUGACGUAGUUUUUGGCGUGCUUCGAAGCUAUUUCUUCGUAUAUAACGUACUGUGAAAAAAAAUGUUUUUCAAAAGAGGAGAAUAAAUAAGCGAACGACAGAAAAUAAUUACUUCUUUGGCAAAAAAGCAACAUGCAUUUUGUUCCUUUUCUUGUAUAGAAAAAAAAUUGCGCAUGUCGUUGAGUUUAUUGAUCCAUUUUACUUGCUUCAAUCAUGAGUGACAGCAUUAAUGAUGUGAAGAAUCAAUAUGGAUCGAUCUUUGUAAAGAAACGACAAAAAUUCAAAUGCGGUCGUAUACAUACAUUAUAAUCCGUUAUGAACUUUCAGAUCCGCAUUGGACAACUCCACAUUGCAAUUGACGAGUCAAAUUGUAUACAUGUCAGAUUCAGGUAAAUAAAGAAAGUGGCUAUAAUUCUUGUGGUGGGUGCGGGUGUGGAUGUGGGUGUGGGCGUGGGUGUGGGUGUGGGUGAGGGGUGUGGGUGUAGGUGUGGGUGUGUGGGUGCGGAUGAAGAGAAAAACUACACCCACACCCUGAGUAUGAGUUACAAGAAGACAUGAGCCCACACUCACACCCACACCGACAUCCACACCCAUACCACACCUGCACACUCACAACCACGCACCUACACCCAAACACCCACCGACACCCACACCUACACUCGCACACCCACACCCACACACCUACACCCACCCACACCCACACCCACACCCCACACGCACACGCACAUCCUCACCCACACCCACACCCACCCACAUCCUCGCCCACACCCACAUCCUCACGGGUGAUCUUCGCUUGAAAUGCGAAAAACACCCGUCUCCAGAGGCGGCUCUGAAAUACCUUCGAAUAAGUUUUUCCCGCUGAGAAGAAAUCCACCCUGCAAAAAAAACACUUUCGAAUAAUUUUUGUGAGAAAUCCGAAGAGAAUAUGAUUCGUUGUCAAUAUUUGUACGCUGUCGUCUAUAUAUUUGACAAACAACUAAGAAUGAAUAAAUUGGAAUAAAAAAGAAUCGCGUCUGAAGCAAAAACUUUCGUGGACAAAACACAAGAACUGCAGUUGACAAUCGAUUGAAGGUAAUAUGCAUCGCUAUUUUUUUCUACAUCUCAUUAGAAUAGUGCGAUUUAUUUCAUUCCUGUGUCAAAUAGUGUUUUACAGAAAAAAAAGAGUCGUCAAGUUGAAUUGUAAACUGAUGUUUUACGAAAACAAUUUUGAUACCUAUAUGCGCAAAUUAUGAAUGACUGUUACGUAGAAAUCUAAAACGCCCUACGGGAUGAAAACACUCAUUUACACUCACAGUUUGAUGUCAAAUUCCGUAGUUGACUAUCUCAAAUAAUACGAGGGUGUGGGUGUGGGUAUGACAUGGGUGUCUCUGUGUGACUGCGCAUGCGACCAUCGGUGUGGAUCUUGGGAGAGCUCGCAACCGGCAUCCACCCACACACCCACAUCGCACACCGAUCCACAGCCACGCCCACACCCACACCUACCAUCCUCGCGCACACACCCAAAUCCCACACCCACCCACACCCACCCACACUCACUACCCACACCCACCCACACCCACACCCCAACCAACCACCAACCACCAACCACCCACCACCCACACCUCACAACCACGCACCCACACCCACAUCCACCCACACCCAACACUCACACCCACACACCCGCACCCACACUCACGCACACCCAUGCACCUACACCCAAACACCCACCGACACCCACACCUACACUCGCACACCCACUCCCACACACCUACACCCACCCACACCCACACCUACACCCACACCCACACCCACACCUACACCCACACCUACACCCACACCCACACCCCACACCCACACCUACACCCACACCCACACCCCACACCCACACCCACACCUGAAUUCUUCCAAGUGCAAGUAGCUUCAGGAUCCAAACAUACGGCUGCGCCGUGAGCUGAUUUUGAUAAUAGUUGUGCUGGUGAGCCGGAAUAUAUAAACAUAUAUCCGUUUACUACACAAACACCCGAGUCCGGUAUUUUUGUUUCAGCCAGUGCCGCCACCUGAAUUCUAUACCGUUUUAGCUGACGAACAAUAAGUUCGCGUUUAGUGACUCGAUAGCACGACCUUACAUUCCAUGAUCCAAAAAGUGUUACCCUGGUUGUAGUAACAAGUUGGGUUUGUUCUUUUUCUGUAGUCAGUUAUUGCUUAGUGUCGUAUACUGGGGGACUAGUCCAAGAACAAGACAUAGUGGCUCCUGGACCCCAGGGGACGCCAUUCCAGUGCCGCAAGCAGCACCAGGUCCCCUGAGAGUACCUAAAUACUCUCCAGUAGGGUGGCAUUAACAAUGUAUUCCAUUAGAAUACAUUUAUUUAUUUUUAUUAAUCUAUCAAAAACAAAAUAAUGAUCAUUUAGAUGGAUUCUUUAAUGAACAGAUUUUAGCGAAUGAUUUGAUGAAAGAUAAAUUAAUUCUUCUCGACAUUGUCAUGUUACGAAUGAUAAUUCGUUUGAAUAGUCAUUUCUAUUAGAACUGGAACCAAUUGACUUUUUUCAGUUGAGGAGAAUCGGCCGCUUCAGUCAUAGACUUGAUCGUGCGAAAACGCCUCCUUCAAAAAUUCUUUAAUAGAGAGAAUCGCAUCAAUCCCAAUAAGGCUGAAUGACAGACAUAAAAACAAUUCAUGAAAAUAAGAUUUCAUUCAAUUUUCGAUGUAAAUCUGUAAAUAGUGUUGCACAGUCCAUAUAUCGAUACACUUGGUCUGAUCUUAUUUCAUUUUUGUUGAGAUUGAUUUCUUUUACUUUGGGCAAAUAUACAUGGGUUUAUUUCUCAUAGUCCCGCCUUUUUUCGAUGUUUUCAUAGCUCUGACAAAAAAAAUUAUGUUGGAUGUCGUCAUCGCUCUUGUCAGUCGACAGAAAAAGGAAGCAAAAUGAGUAUUACAUAGAAAAAGAAAAAAAAUACUAACGAUACGCUCUCCGGAGUAAACAUCGUCUUAGUCGGCAUCUCACUUCACAUUUUUUUUCUUAUCUACCCAAUCAAAUUUCUUCUUUACAUUUUCCGUAUUUUCUCGUCAAACAUAUAUUUUAACAGCUAUCAUUAAAAAAAAGAAAGAGAGUGACAAAAUAAAAAAAGGCGGUGAAAUGGCAAAAGAAGCAGAUAAAACAGUAAAAAAGAAAAGUGAAAGUCAAUAUUCGUCAGCUGUCGACAUUACUCACUCUCAUCCAAGGUGGGUAGACAGAAGGAGAGAGUGCGUAGUUAUAUGAUCUUUUAUUAAUAACAUCGUCUUAGUUGCAAAAUUCGUUCUGCUGAUGCGGAUUGGCUAAUGCUUUCAAGACUUUCAGGUAUCGUCUUUCUCUCAUCACCACAUAUCCCACGCAGAGGACUUGUGGAGUGUGGGUGUGCGUGUGGAUGUGGCGUGAGUGUGGCUGAGACUGUAGGGUGAGUAUGAGGUGUAGGUGUGGGUGUGAGUGUGGGCAUUGGCCUGAGUGUUACUGUCCGUGUGGGUGUGGGUUUGUGCUGAAAGAAGGAAAGGCCCACACGUACACACAUUCGUACGGAUCCCCAGACCCACUCUGACACUCACACCCACA